AUGGAGCCUCAGACGAUACGGGAUUUUAACGCCCUAGUGGCGAACUCGAAAUUUGUUUUCGCCCUGGUGUACCGCGGGCACUGGUGUCCCUUCUGCAUCUCACACAUUCGAUCCCUGAAAGCCCUCGAGCAUUUAAUCCGACAUGCAGAUGGAGAAACUGUCAUCAUCACCUCAGAGCGUGAAGAGCAUCUCCCAAAGGUCAGGUCUGCAACAGGAUACACCGGCCCCGCCAUCGUUGACACACAGAACCUGUUGGUGGCAGACUUGAAGAAACGGGAUAUUGUGGAUGUGGCUAUCAGCGAUAUGAGGCUGAGGAAGUAUGAGCACGGCAUGGCUCAGCCUGCCGUCUUUGUCAUUCGACAGGGUGGAACCGUUCUGUAUCGAUGGGCGAUUGUGCCUAGCCUGAUGAACUUGGGCGGAGCAAAGGACAGGCCGCUUCUCGAGGAGAUCUGGCAUAACGUGGAUGCAAGCCUUCAUGGGAAGGAAGCAGUACACACGACAUAUUCGACCGCCGGGGUGGCGGCAGUGAUUCGGGAGAAGCUCCGGUCACGCUAA